AUGGCCUACCACGGGUCAGACGCGCAUACGCCCCAGUACGACGCUCAGCAUGAUGCUCCAAAUUCGCAAUACCGAGAAGACGAGGAUGCCUCACAUGGACUGCUCGCACACCAGCAGGGCCCCUUUGCGACUCCCUUUGAUGAUGCGCACUCGCGCGGCGUCUCGCCCGUGCGCCCAGCAUCUGGCUACAGUCUGACCGAGACCUACGCGACCGAGAAUACCCCGGGAUACCACGAUCCGUAUGCCACCAACACGGGCUAUUCCGGCCAGGAGAACCCGGCGGAGGCCUUUGGAGUCCCCGGUCGCUCGACCUCUCCCUACGCUCGUAGCGAGACCUCCUCGACUGAGGCGUGGCGGCAGCGACAGGCCCCUGGUGGUACCAACAGCGGAGCCAAUCUGCGUCGCUACGCCACACGUAAGGUGAAGCUGGUUCAGGGCUCCGUCUUGAGUGUCGAUUACCCCGUGCCUAGCGCCAUUCAGAAUGCCAUCCAAGCCAAGUACCGUAAUGAUCUGGAAGGCGGAAGCGAGGAGUUUACUCACAUGCGAUACACUGCCGCCACAUGUGAUCCCAACGAAUUCACACUCCACAAUGGCUACAACUUGCGUCCAGCCAUGUACAACCGUCACACUGAGCUGCUGAUCGCCAUCACCUACUACAACGAAGAUAAGACCCUCACCUCGCGAACCCUGCACGGUGUGAUGCAGAAUAUCCGCGAUAUCGUCAACUUGAAGAAGUCCGAGUUCUGGAACAAGGGCGGUCCCGCGUGGCAGAAGAUCGUCGUGGCCCUCGUCUUUGACGGGAUUGACCCUUGCGACAAGGACACCUUGGACGUGUUGGCUACCGUUGGUAUCUACCAAGACGGGGUGAUGAAGCGUGAUGUUGACGGGAAGGAAACGGUGGCGCACAUUUUCGAAUACACCACUCAGUUAUCGGUGACGCCCACACAGCAGUUGAUCCGCCCAACCGAUGAUGGCCCGAGUACCCUCCCUCCUGUGCAGAUGAUGUUCUGUUUGAAGCAAAAGAACAGCAAGAAGAUCAAUUCACACCGUUGGCUCUUCAACGCCUUCGGUCGGAUUUUGAAUCCCGAAAUCUGUAUCUUGCUCGACGCGGGAACCAAGCCAGGCCCCAAGUCGUUGCUGUCCCUGUGGGAGGCCUUUUACAACGACAAGGAUCUAGGUGGCGCGUGUGGUGAAAUUCACGCCAUGUUAGGUAAGGGUUGGCGAAACCUGGUCAAUCCGCUCGUGGCUGCGCAAAACUUCGAGUACAAGAUCAGUAAUAUCUUGGAUAAGCCUCUCGAGAGUUCGUUCGGUUAUGUGUCUGUGUUGCCGGGUGCCUUCUCUGCCUACCGAUUCCGCGCCAUUAUGGGUCGUCCCCUGGAGCAGUACUUCCACGGAGAUCACACUCUCUCGAAGCAGCUCGGUAAGAAGGGAAUCGAGGGAAUGAACAUCUUCAAGAAGAACAUGUUCUUGGCCGAGGAUCGUAUCCUCUGUUUCGAGUUGGUCGCCAAGGCUGGAUCCAAGUGGCACCUCUCGUACGUCAAGGCUUCCAAGGCCGAGACCGAUGUGCCCGAAGGGGCUCCCGAGUUUAUCUCCCAACGUCGUCGUUGGCUGAACGGUUCGUUCGCCGCCGGUAUCUAUUCGCUGAUGCAUUUUGGCCGCAUGUACAAGUCCGGCCACAAUCUCGUGCGCAUGUUCUUCCUCCAUAUUCAGAUGCUCUAUAACAUCUUCCAAACCAUCCUCACCUGGUUCGCACUAGCCUCAUACUGGUUGACCACCACUGUCAUUCUCGAUCUGGUCGGUACUCCCACAAAGGCCAACGGCAACCACGCCUUCCCCUUCGGCAAUUCCGCAACACCGAUCAUCAACACGAUCAUCAAGUAUAUCUACCUGGGCUUCCUGUUGCUGCAAUUCAUUCUUGCUCUAGGAAACCGUCCCAAGGGCUCCAAGUUCACGUACUUGACUUCCUUCGUGGUCUUCGGUAUCGUUCAGGUCUACAUUGUCGUGGACUCGUUGUACCUGGUCAUCCGAGCCUUCUCUGGCAAAAACACCAUGGACUUCAACACCGGUCAUGGUGUUGGCGCAUUCCUCAAAUCCUUCUUUGGUUCAUCCGGUGCUGGUAUCAUCAUCAUCGCCCUUGCUGCCACGUUCGGUCUCUACUUUGUUGCGUCCUUCAUGUACGCCGAUCCAUGGCACAUGUUCACCUCAUUCCCCGCAUACAUGGUCUUGCAAUCGUCGUACAUCAACGUGCUCAACGUGUACGCGUUCAGCAACUGGCACGACGUCUCGUGGGGUACCAAGGGUUCUGACAAAGCUGAUGCAUUGCCCUCUGCCAAGACCACCAAGGACGAAGGCAGCAAGGAUGCCGUUAUUGAGGAAAUCGAUAAACCGCAGGCCGAUAUCGACAGUCAAUUUGAGGCUACCGUCAAGCGCGCCUUGACCCCCUUCGUUGCCCCUGUUGAGAAAGAUGAAAAGUCCCUGGAGGAUUCGUACAAGAGUUUCCGAACCCGACUUGUCACCUUCUGGAUCUUCAGCAAUGCUUUCUUGGCUGUUUGCAUCACGAGUGAGGCUGUCGACAAAUUUGGUUUCACGGACAAAGCUACAGACCGUACGGCUCGUUUCUUCCAGGCCCUGUUGUGGUCCACUGCCGUGAUGUCCUUGUUCCGCUUCAUUGGUGCUUGUUGGUUCCUUGGACGUACCGGUAUCAUGUGCUGCUUUGCGCGUCGGUAA